AUGGUGGGGUCCCAGCUGAAUGCUCAGUUGGAGGGCUGGUUAUCUCAAGCACAGUUUAAUUUAGGACCAGCUAGAGCCAUUAUAGCACCACACGUUGGUUACACCUACUGUGGUGCCUGUGCUGCACAUGCCUAUUAGCAGGUGGACCCCUCGGUGACUCGAAGGGUGUUUAUUUUAGGACCUUCUCAUCAUGUACCCCUGUCCCGGUGUGCACUCUCCCCUGCUGAGAUCUACAGAACACCACUGUACGAUUUAAGGAUCGAUCAGAAGGUGUACGCUGACCUUUGGAAAACAGGGAUGUUUGAGAGGAUGAGUUUACAAACGGAUGAGGAUGAGCACAGUAUUGAGAUGCACCUGCCUUACACUGCAAAAGCCAUGGAGAGUUGUAAAGAUGAGUUCAGCAUCGUUCCUGUACUGGUGGGAGCGCUGAGUGAAUCUAAAGAACAGGAGUACGGGAAGCUGCUCAGUAAAUACCUGGCUGAUCCCUCCAACCUCUUCAUUAUUUCAUCAGAUUUCUGCCACUGGGGUCAGCGCUUUCGCUACACGUAUUACGAUGAGAAUCAAGGCGAGAUCUAUAGAUCUAUUGAACAUCUGGAUAAGAUGGGUAUGGGGAUUAUAGAACAGCUGGAUCCUAUAUCCUGUAGUAAUUAUUUGAAGAAAUAUCACAAUACUAUUUGUGGUCGCCACCCUAUCGGAGUUCUUCUAAAUGCUGUGGCAGAGCUGAAGAAAAAUGGUUUAGACAUGAACUUCUCUUUCCUGAACUACGCUCAAUCCAGCCAGUGCAGAAACUGGUCGGACAGUUCAGUGAGCUACGCCGCCGGAGCUCUGGUGGUUCACUGAGGGACGAUUGGUCCGCGGCUCCUCUGAAGACGCCAGAAACGUCCGUGCGUUUGACCUCUCCACUUCCUGACGCUCUUUAUCCCACUUUGCCUUUUCCUGAGGAAGGACCUUCUGUACGCCGAGAUGAGCUCUGAAGAGUCGUACUAACCCUCACCUUUACCGUCACCCCCGUC